CUCUCCAACACCUCACGGCACCUCAUCCUCCCCACUCUUCAUCGACAGCCAUGGCCUCUCGUCUCGCAAGGAGCGCGGUCGGCGCCGCCCGCCUCCGCCCAACCCUCCCUCUUCGCGCAUUUCCUUCCAUCGCAGCCCAGAUCACCCCGGCCCGCUACAACUCCAAUGUGCCCCAGGAAGACCCCAAGAAGAAGGCUCAAUCGCUGCUUGAUGCCAUCCCCAUCCCCGGAAACAGCCCCAUCACCAAGGCCGCUGUUCUCUCCGCUGGUACCGGUCUCAGCAUUGCUGCCAUCAGCAACGAGCUCUACGUUGUCAACGAGGAGUCCAUUGUCGCCCUCAGCUUGUUGACCAUCUUCUGGGCCGUCGCUCACUACGCCGGUCCCGCCUGGUCCAGCUACGCACAGCAGCAGGUCGACAAGAUCACCGGCAUCCUCAACGCUGCUCGCGCCGACCACACUUCCGCUGUCAAGGAGCGCAUCACCAGCGUCCAGGAUCUCGGCGGUGUCGUAGACGUCACCAAGACCCUCUUCGAGGUUUCCAAGGAAACCGCCCAGCUUGAGGCCCAGGCCUACGAGCUCGAGCAGAAGACGGCCAUCGCCCAAGAGGCCAGGUCCGUUCUUGACUCUUGGGUCCGCUACGAGGGUCAGGUCAAGCAGAGGCAGCAGCGUGAGCUUGCAGAGAGCAUCAUCGCCAAGAUCGAGAAGGAGCUCGACAACCCCAAGGUCCUCAAGCAGAUUCUCGACCAGAGCGUCGCUGACGUUGAGAGGAUUGUAUCACAGAAGGCAUAA